ACUCAUCCGGAAUUGUUGUUUAACCCUAGUGCGGGCCUAACCAUGACCAGAUUUAUCGUUGCAAUACUGUUGUUCGGGUUGACGACUCAAGCUCGCGCCCAGUUGACCUGUUUUGUGUGUGAAAACUGUCCGGAUCCUUUCGAUACCAGUUCAAAUCGUCAAAUAUCGUGCGCUGAACCUCCUACACCACCCGUGACACCACCAGGAGAAGGAACGACCACCACACCAGUCACUCCGCAAACGUCUCCAGAUCCAGAGACUCCCAUUCUCACCCCGCCACCAGUCGUUACAACGAGCGGUCCUCAGAGAGCACAAUCCGAGGAACAUGAUUCGGUGUUAUCUGCACCUAACCCUGUGGGGCGUUGGAAGAGACAGUCUGGGAAUCAGAUUUCCCAUCGUUGCUUUUUAAUCGUUCACAAUGGAGUCACGCGUCGUGGCUGCGUUAUCCACGUGAAUGAUCAAAUGGAAACCUGCCGGAAUGCAAACAAUGGAAUUCAGCCAUCGUCCGAUUGCCGUAUCUGCGAUUGGUCAGGAUGCAAUACUGCUGGUGGAUUAAAGCUUUCAAUUGCUGCCCUGCUAACGGCACUGCUGGUUACGAUCAAAUUUUUGUGAUUUCUACAGCCAUCUCACUUUUUGUUGUUAUAAUCUCUUGAUACUUGAUCAAACAAGAAAGUACCAUCGAAUCGAACUACUCGAUUACUCAUACUCAAUGGACACGAAGAGGAAAUCCAGCUGCGCGUCGUAAAAAGAGCGGGUAAUCCGGAGAGGAAAUACCUUAGACCCAAGUACAUUGAUUAAUUACUAAGCACAUUAGUUUAGGCUAGUCAAUUAUCUGCUUGUCACAUAAUCCUCAAAUCCGUUUCAUGGAAGUGUGGCAUUCUUUUGA